UAUUAAUGUCGUACAAAAUCAUUGGUUCAGAAAGCACCAAGCAUGCAUGCACGAGAUACAAUUCCCUCCCACCCUAUAUUUAUCACUCGUUUAACCUUUCCUACCUCAUUUCUCCUUCAAUGCUCUUUAUUAUUCACUAUUUAUUGUAUAAAUAAUUUUCAUCCCUAGAUCGAUCGAGAGCAACAUAGACAAUAGAUAAUAUCCAUGGAACACUCCUCGGUCCCAAAACAUUCUUCCAGCAGCUUACAGCUCUUGCAGGAGUUGGAAGCAUUGAGCGCGUCCCUCAACCGCUCACCUGCUUUCACCACCUGCAAGGCUGCAUGCUUAGAGUUUCCUGCAGGAAAAACCGGUAGCGGUGAUGAUGCAAUCACCUCGCGGGCCCCAGAACUCCGGUCUAGACACGCGUCGUCGUUCUCUUACUGGCGUUCUGGGGAGAAGAAGCUCGUUGGCGACGAUGAUGAGACGGGGAAGACGAAGACAAAAGGUGGGAUUUUCAGCUUCUGGAAGCCGAUGCGGGCCCUCUCCCACAUCGGCAAGCAGAAGGUGAGCUGUCUAUUCUGCGUUGAAGUGGUGGCAGCUCAGAGCCUCCCCGCUUCAAUGAACGGGCAACGCCUUGUGGUCUGCGUCGAAAAGAAGGACUCGAAAAGCGGAGCGGUGAGGACUUUGCCAUCCAAAGUCUCCAGAGGAGGCGCCGAAUUUGAGGAGACACUAUUCGUCACAUGCCACGUGUAUUUCUCUCCGGGAAGCGGGACGACGAGCGUGAACUUCGAACCACGACCGUUCGUGAUAUUCGCUUUAGCGUUCGAUGGUUCGAGAGAGCUUGAUUGUGGAAGAAGCUAUGUGGAUUUAAGCAAGCUUAUUCAAGAAUCUAUAGAGAAGAGCUUUGAAGACGCACCUAUAAGAAAAUGGGACACGAGCUUCAACCUGUCGGGAAAGGCCGAGGGAGGAAAGGUCAAUCUGAAACUGAGUUUUCAGAUAAUGGAGAAAGAUGGCAUCGGGACGUACAUUCGUGGACGACAAAACGCCGUAGCAAUCAAGAAGGGAGAACGCUCGUGUUCGUUCGCACGGAGACAGUCGAAAACAUCGUUCAGUGUCCAGACGACGACGAUGCGGGAUUCAAAGACAAGGAGAAUAACGGAAGACAUGCCGCCGGGGGUGGAGUACGAGGUGGUGGACAAGGGCGUGGAGGUGGAGGAGGUUUGCAGGAAGAGGGACGACGCGGUUUCGAACGAGGUUGUGGUCAAGGAAGUUAUGCAUCAUCAUCGUCGUCGUUAUGGUGAUGGGAAUAAGUUGAGGUUUCGUAUGGCUGUGCUUGAUUCCAUUGCCCAACAAAUCAAAGAACUGGAGUCCAUCUUGUUGGGGGACAAAGGCAACUACUGGCGGGAUAAACAAGGAGAAGAAGAAGAAGAAGAAGAAGAAAUGAUCACAAGGGAGUUUAUUGAAAAGCUUCAUGAUGAUGAUGAUGAUGAGAAGGAGGAUUCAGAAGAAGAAGAAGAAGAAAAGAGAAAUAAUUGGUUAUUAGCAGAACUUGGGGAUGGACUGGGAUGCGUUGUUCUAACAAGGAAUGAAGGUUUCCUUGCUUCCAUCAAUCCUCUUAGGCAUUAUAAGCAGGUAGGAAAUAAUGUUGCAGUAGUAGGGGCAAAAAGGGAAGGCCCGAGACUGGCCAUGCAGAUGUCAAAACCAUUGGUUCUUAAUAUUCAUCAUCUGCAAUCAGACGACGGCGCACCAAUGAAUAAUAAUGGGAAGGCGGGGGGGAUUAAUAAUAAUAUUAUGGAGGCGUUACAGAGGACGGCGGCGGGUUUGGGAGUGGAAGGGAUGACCUCUCUCCUUUCCACUUUGAUGCCCAUUGAAGAGCUGAAGGGAAAGAGUGCAGAGCAGAUUGCCUUUGAAGGCAUUGCCUCUCAAAUCCUUCACCAACAAGGAACAAUAAGAAACCCCUCCUCCAUGGCCGAGACCCGCCGCCGCAGUCCCACCUCCUCAAGCUCUUUUAUGCGCACGUUAGCUGUGGUCAAAUCAAUGGCAAAUGCGAUGAACAGGGGAGACAAGAGCCAGGAGAGGUGCACGACGGCGUUAGAAGACGUUUUAGGCUUAUCAGUGCGGAAACUCGAAGAGGUGACCGUCGAAGCCUUGAAAAUCCAAGCCGGCAUCGACGAAGAUGAAGUAGAUCGAGAAGAAGCCCUACCGCCGCCGCGCUUUGAUGUUUCAUCAGCACAUGACAACGGAGUCGCCACUCUUUUCGAACGUGCGGUCUCGUUCCAAGAGUGGCUAACGAGAGGGAACAAUGAGGGCGAGAACAUGGACAUAUGUUUUGUCGUCCAGCUGCGGGACCCACUGAGGCACUACGAGGUGGUCGGUGGUCCAAUGCUCGUACUAAUCCAUGCUGUUAGCAACUCUGGUGGUGGUGGUGGUGGCGGUGGCGGUGGAGAGAUGGGGUGGUUGGAAGGAGAAGGAGAGGAUGAGAAGUGCAAUGGAAUGGUUGAUGGGGAAUGGACUUGUAAAUAAUAAUAAUAAUAAUAAUGGGAGGAACUCAAAAGGGGGUUGGGGUGGAGGAUUGAUAUUUCCUCAUGCAAAAAAGGAUGAUAGUGCUAGUAAUAAAAAUGUGAUGUGGAGUAUAUCCUCAUUAGGUAGAUCAUCAUCAAUUGCAGCAGCUGAUGAAGGUAGGGGUCAUCAUGUGUGGCUCAAACCAUUGAGAAACCCAAAUAUCAUGCUCACUAAUUAGAUGUUCAUCAUCACCAUAAACAUAUAUUUCUAUGCUCUAUGCAAUGUAUACUUUCUCACUCACAAACAUCAUACUUUGUCCUAAAUUAAUUACUUACAUAGUU